AUGGCCAGCAGCGACUGGACAAUGGACAUGAUCUUCUUAACACAGACUGUGGUUGGAAUCCUGGGGAAUUUCUCACUUCUUUGCCAUCAUAUCAUCCUUCCCUUCACUGGCUACAGGUUAAGGUCCACAGAUUUGAUUCUUAAGCACCUGAUUGUAGCCAACUUCUUGACCCUCCUCUGCAAAGGGGUCCCCCAGACAAUGGCAGUGUUUGGGUUGAAACAUUUCCCCAGUGAUUCUGGAUGCAAACUUCUUUUCUUUCUUCACAGAGUGGGCAGGGGAGUGUCCAUUGGUAGCAUCUGCCUCUUGAGUGUCUUUCAGGUGGUCACAAUCAGUCCCAGGAACUCCAGGUGGACAGAGCUGAAAGUAAAAGCUCCCAAGUACAUUGCUCCCUCUAUUUUCCUGUGUUGGAUCCUGCAAAUGCUGGUAAAUGUCAUUUUUCUUCUCCAUAUGCAUCGCACAUGGAGUGAUAGAAACAUCACAAACAAUAAAGAUUUUGGAUACUGUUCUUCUGUUCGUCAUGACAAAACCAGAGAUGCAUUGUAUGCAGCACUGCUAUUAUUUCCUGAUGUUUUAUGUUUGGGGCUUAUGCUCUGGGCCAGUGGCUCCAUGGUUUUCAUCCUGUACAGGCAUAAGCAGCGGGUCCAACACAUUCGUAGGACCAGAGCCUCCUCCAGCAUCUCUCCUGAGUCCAGAGCUGCCAAAACCAUCCUUCUCCUGGUGAGUACCUUUGUCUACUUUUAUACCCUUUCCUCCAUCUUUCAGAUUGUCUUGGCUCUUCUUGAUCAUCCCAGCUGGUUCCUUCUGAACAUCACUACAAUCGCAGCUGCGUGCUUCCCAGCCAUCAGCCCCUUUCUGCUCAUGAGCUGUGACUCCAGUGUACACAGCCUCUAUUUUGCCUGGAUGAGGAAUAAAAAACUCCCUACUACCAUGCAAAAUAUGUGA